CAAUGCUAGUACUUAGGAUUCUUAUUUAAUCUAGCUGGAACAAAAAGAAUUGGCAGAAACCUACAAACAGGAGACGAGAGCAAAGAUCCAUGAGGAGCCAUGCUUCAACUGUUGCUACUCUUUGGGUUUUUCAGCCUCGGUGUCUGUCUCCCUCGUCAGUAUCACUUCAUUAAUGAGAAUAAGACCUGGGCUGAAGCACAGAGAUACUGCAGAGAGAAUUAUGAUGAUUUAGCCAGUAUUAAUAACACUGAAGAGGAACUGGCCCUUACUAACAUAACAGACAUCUGGAACAACAACCGAACCUGGAUUGGACUGUAUGAUGAUUUGAACAGCUGGAAAUGGUCUCUGGAUGAUGAUUCGUUCUUCAAGGAAGGAGAGAGAAACUUUAGAAACUGGUAUAUACAGAAACCAAGGAACUGGAAUGGAAACAGUUUGUGUGUAUAUUUAUCGGGUUAUUCUGGAGUAUGGUAUGAGGCCUCUUGUUCUUAUACACUUCCAUUCAUUUGCUUUGAUGGUAGUGUGAAUGCCAGUGAAAGAUAUGUCCUGGUUAAUCAGAACCUGAACUGGACUGACGCUCAGAGCUACUGCAGAAAGAAUUACGCAGACCUGACCAGUGUGAGGAACGAGACUGAGAACCAGAUGAUAAGAUCAUUAUUACCUAAUAUGAAUAAUUACUAUGAUUCCUUUUGGAUUGGCCUGUACAGAACCAGGUCUUGGUCAGAUAAAAGCAACUCUUCAUUCAGCAACUGGAAACCUGGACAACCAGAUAAUUAUGCACAGAAUGAAUCCUGUACUGCCGUCUCAUUUAAUAGUGAUUAUAAUUAUUAUUACCCUUAUCAAUAUUAUGGGAAAUGGACAGAUGAAAACUGCAGUCAAGCUUUUCCGUUCCUCUGUUACAGCACAACAUUAUCAUCAUCCUCUCGUCAGUAUCACUUUAUUAAUGAGAAUAUGACCUGGACUGAAGCACAGAGAUACUGCCGUGAGAAUUACACUGACCUGGCCACCAUUAAUAACAUGGAGGAAAUGAACACACUCCUUAACACAGUAAAUGGCAGCUACUCAGGUUUAGCCUGGAUUGGACUGUAUGAUGAUCUGGACAGCUGGAGAUGGUCUCUGGAUGAUGAUGCAUUUUACCAGGAGGGAGAGAGAGACUUCAGAGGGUGGGACCAGCAACCUGAUAACAACAACGCGCGAGAACUGUGUGUUUAUAUUAGAUCUGAUGGAACAUGGUCUGAUGGAGACUGUGACAGAUAUUUACCUUUUGUUUGCUAUGAUGGAAAAAAUGGAACGGACGAUUAUAGGUGGAUUUUUUCUUACAUGCCCUGGAGACGAGCUCAGGAUUACUGCAUAGAGCAUUACACAGACCUGGCCAGUGUGAGAAACCAAACAGAUAAUCAAAGAAUCCUCAACCUCACCGGUGGCAAUGAUGCUUGGAUUGGUCUUUACAGAACCAGACUCUGGUCAGAUAAACAGGAAUCCACAUAUGAAAACUGGAGAAGAGACACCCCGUCUAUACCUGCACAGCCAGACAAUGGUGUAUAUACUCCAUGGGAAUACGGUAAUCAGCACUGCACUGCUGUAUCAUUCAGUGACUCAGGCUACUGGAGAGAUGAGAACUGCUUCGCCACAUUCCCUUUCAUCUGCUAUAACAAAUUCUGCACAGGAUCCUCAUGUUCCCUCCAUCAUUAUCACUUUGUUAAUGAGAAUAAGACCUGGACUGAAGCACAGAGAUACUGCCGAGAGAAUUACACUGACCUGGCCACCAUUAAUAACAUGGCGGAAAUGAACACAGUCCUUAACACAGUAACUGGCACCUACUCUGGUUUAGCCUGGCUUGGACUGUAUGAUGAUCUGAACAGCUGGAAAUGGUCUCUGGAUGAAAAUUCUUUCAACAAGGAUGGAGAGAGAAACUUUAGAAACUGGUAUAUAAACAAACCAAGGAACUGGGGUGGAAACAGCAUGUGUGUACACAUGUCAAAUUAUAAUUGGGUAUGGCAGGUGGCCCCUUGUUCUUCGACAUAUCCAUUCAUUUGCUUUGAUGGUAGGGUAAAUGCCAGUGAAAGAUAUGUCCUGGUUAAUCAGUACAUGAACUGGACUGAAGCUCAGAGAUACUGCAGAGAGCAUCACACAGACCUGCUCAGUGUGAGGAACGAGACUGAGAACCAGAGGAUCAGAUCAAUAUUAUCAAAAAAAAUGUAUAAUAAUAAUUAUUAUUAUUAUUAUUAUCAUUAUUAUUAUUAUUAUUAUUAUUAUUAUUACGCUCCUCUAUGGAUUGGUCUGUACAGAACCAGGUCUUGGUCAGAUAAAAGCAACUCUUCAUUCAGCAACUGGAAACCUGGACAACCAGAUAAUUAUGCACAGAAUGAAUCCUGUACUGCCGUCUCAUUUAAUAGUGAUAAUUAUUAUUACUAUUAUAAUUAUAAUAACACUUACCUGUAUUAUGGGAAUUGGACAGAUGAAAACUGCGGUCGAGCUUUUCCAUUCCUCUGUUACAGCAUAAUGACAUCAUCGUCUCAUCAGUAUCACUUUAUUAAUGAGAAUAUGACCUGGACUGAAGCACAGAGAUACUGCCGUGAGAAUUACACUGACCUGGCUACCAUUGAUAACAUGGAGGAAAUGAACACGCUCCUUAACACAGUAAAUGGCAGCUACUCAGGUUUAGCCUGGAUUGGACUAUAUGAUGAUCUGGACAGCUGGAGAUGGUCUCUGGAUGAUGAUGCUUUCUACCAGGAUGGAGAGAGAGACUUCAGAGGGUGGGACCAGCAACCUGAUAACUACUAUGGACAAGAGCUGUGUGUUUCCAUGAUUUCAACCGGGGAAUGGUUUGACAGCCCUUGUACUGACAGAAAGUCAUUUGUUUGCUAUAACGACACAACCAACACAUAUGUGUGGAUUUAUAAUUGGAUGACUUGGGAAGAAGCUCAAAGUUUCUGUAGAGCAAAUCACAAAGACCUGGCCAGUGUGAGGAAUGAGACUGAACUUCAGCAAAUACUGAACAAGAUCAGCUAUGGAUAUAGUGAGGUAUGGAUUGGUCUGUAUAGGAACCGAUUAUGGUCAGAUCAGAGCAGCUCAACUUUUACAUAUUGGAGACCAGCGAUUCCAGCACUCACAGCAGAGCCUGAUAACGGUGUUAAUUCACCUGGACAACAUAGAAAUCAACACUGCACAGCUGUGGAUCAUUCCGGCCGAUGGACAGAUGAAAACUGUUUCACCAGUUUCCCUUUCAUCUGCUACACUGCAUUCACUCCAGGUGUUGUGACAGGAUUGCAGAUGAAAGUCAAAGCUGAGGAAAGUCUGUUAUACUCUGAGAUUGAAAGAAUUGUGUUGAUGGAACUUCAACAAGAAUCGAACAGACUGGGACUUUCAAGCAACUUCUCUGUGAAUGCGAUAAAAAUCCGUAAGAUCAGUCCAUGAAGGAGAAAGACCACAUUCAUGUCCAGAAUAUAACUCGUUUCGGGAUGGUUUAUCUUUAAUGUAUUCAUUCAUUCAACAAUCAUUCAUUCUGUUAAUGCUGUAGAGACACUCCACCCCUUACAUUACUCCAUAUAUACAGCCAUUUAAAAUGCAAAUAAACAUCUAAAUAACAAAUAAGAAAAUUAAAGAUUCAGUAAAAGAUUCUUACCGACUUGAAAAGCCUUCAAAAGCCUUGAGAUAUCCUCGCUCUGACCAUAACAGUAAUAAUGACUGUAAUUAUGCUGAAUUAUGAAUGAACAUGAUUUUCUUAGGUGUAAUAUUUUAUUUGGUGUUUUGGGAAUUUAUACUGCUUAUAAGUAAUAUUUUUAAAUGAAUGUCAACAAAUAAAACUCUGUACUUCUUUGUGUGUGGUGGGAUUCAUAGAAAAGUUUGAUAUGUUAUAUUUUCUGCAAUAAUCGUAUCAGCAGUUGGUUGUGUGUGUUAAGGGAUACUAUCUUUCUUUUUAAUUGUUUUCAGUACUGGGAUUCAUGUAGUUUUGGUUGUGUUGAUUAAAUGUUGAUUAAAGACCAUAUCAAUAAACAAGCACUGAAUGAA